AUGAGUGAGCAGCCCAGCGAGUUUCCCGAGGUCCAGGGCGGCGGGAGUCUGAUCCUGGCAUGGCAGAUUAGGGGCAAGAAGGCCCUCGUUGUUGGCGGCGGAGAGGUCGCAGCCGGCCGCAUCUUCCACCUCCUCAACGCCGACGCCGUCGUCACCGUCGUCAGCCCCUCGACUAACGGCCUGAACGCCGAGGUGGCGCACCGCAUCGCGUGCGGGCAGGUGGCGCACGUCGACCGCGCCUUCGAGCCGCGCGACCUUGACGACCCGGCAAUAGCCAUGGUCCUGGUCGCCAUCGAUGACCCGGCCGCCUCGUCCGAGAUCUGGCGCCUGUGCCGGGACCGCCGCAUCCCCGCAAACAUCGCCGACGUGCCGCCCGAGUGCGACUUCUACUUUGGCAGCGUCCACCGCGACGGGCCCCUGCAGGUCAUGGUCAGCACAAACGGCAAGGGCCCCAGGCUGGCCAACCAGAUCCGCCGCCACAUCGCCGCGGGCCUGCCGCCCAACGCCGGGCGCGCCGUCGAGAGUGUGGGGAGGCUCAGGGCCCGCCUGAGGGCCGUCGCGCCCGACGUCGAGGAGGGGCCAAAGCGGAUGCGCUGGAUGAUCAAGGUCAGCGACGCCUUCUCCUUCGAGGACCUGUGCGGCCUGACCGACGAGGACAUGGAGAACCUCUUGACCUUUUAUGCUGCCGGCGCCGUGCCCACACUGGAUGAGCUGCGCUCGAUGCGGGAUGAAGGGGGGGCAGCCCGCUGCUUCUCAGACAGGGCAUGA